AUGGUCUGUUUACUAUCAUAUAGAAAGUCUUUUAGACUAUUUGAUAGAAAAUUCAGUUUAUUAGCGAGGUCUUUGAAUAAUAAAACAGUGUUUAAUGUAAGACGUUAUGUUAGUGUUGUUUCUGUGAAUACAGACCUUUCGCAAAAUGUAAACUCCGCUGAAAUAAACCGACUUCAAAGACUUCGUAAUAUAGGUAUAAGUGCACAUAUUGACUCAGGAAAAACAACAUUAACUGAGCGCGUUCUUUAUUAUACUGGAAGAAUAAAAGCAAUACAUGAGGUUCGAGGAAAAGAUGGUGAAGGAGCCAAAAUGGAUAGCAUGGAAUUAGAAAGAGAGCGAGGUAUUACAAUCCAAUCUGCUGCGACUUAUUGUAAUUGGAAAUGGCAAGAUCAUGGAAAUUAUAAUAUCAAUAUUAUUGACACUCCAGGACAUGUUGACUUUACUAUUGAGGUUGAACGUGCACUAAGGGUUCUUGAUGGUGCUGUUUUAGUUUUAUGUGGUGUCGCUGGUGUUCAAGUAAGCGUUAGUCAAACCAUUACCGUCGACCGUCAAAUGCGUCGAUAUAGUGUCCCUCGCAUAUCAUUUAUUAAUAAAUUAGAUCGUGUUGGUGCAAAUCCAUUCAAUAUAAUUGAACAAAUUCGACAAAAAUUGAGAAUAACCGCGGCUGCUGUACAAAUUCCGAUAGGGCUCGAAGACAACUUAAAAGGUGUUGUCGAUUUAGUAAAAUGGAAAGCUAUUUAUAAUGAAGGAAAUCGAGGUGAAAAGGUGGUUGAAAAAGAAAUUCCAGAAGAUUUGAUAGAAUUUUCUAUGAAAAAACGUCAAGAAUUAAUUGAAACUCUUGCAGAUAUAGAUGAUCAAAUUGCAGAAAUUUAUCUAAAUGAAGAGAAUCCUACUUCACAGCAAUUAAUGGACGCAAUAAGACGCGUGACAAUCACAAACAAGUUUACACCUGUUUUAAUGGGAUCAGCAUUUAAGAAUACUGGGGUACAACGCGUUUUAGAUGCCGUGUGUGCCUAUCUUCCUAAUCCUUCUGAAGUGGAAAAUAGUGCUUUAGAUAUAAGUCGUAAAGAAGCCGUUGUUCCUCUUAUUCCUUAUUCGAUAAAUCCUUUUGUAGGCUUAGCUUUUAAAUUGGAAGAUGGGAGAUUUGGUCAAUUAACAUAUAUAAGAGUUUAUCAAGGAUCUUUAAAAAAAGGUGCUACAGUAACUAAUACAAAGACUUUAAAGAAAGUUAAGAUUCCAAGGCUUGUUCGUAUGCAUUCUAAUGAAAUGGAGGAUGUAAAUGAAGUAGGAGCAGGAGAAAUAUGUGCAAUGUUUGGAGUUGAAUGUUCUUCUGGUGAUACAUUUACUGAUGGCACGCUUGCUUAUACAAUGACAUCAAUGUUUGUUCCAGACCCUGUGAUCUCAUUAGCAAUUAAGCCUAAAGUCAAAGAUGCUCCAAAUUUUUCAAAGGCAUUAAAUAAGUUUCAGCGCGAAGAUCCAACAUUCCGUGUAACAUAUGAUCUAGAAAGCAAAGAAACUAUUAUAUCAGGAAUGGGAGAAUUGCAUUUAGACAUUUAUAUUGAACGUAUGAGAAGAGAAUAUAAUGUUGAUUGUAUAACUGGUAAACCACAAGUGGCCUUUAGAGAAACUAUAACAUCCAAGUCCAAAUUUGAUUAUACUCAUAAAAAACAAACCGGUGGUGCUGGACAAUAUGGUAAAGUUGUUGGAUAUAUCGAACCUUUGCCUAUUGUUGAAAAUGAUGAAGAACAAUUGCCUAGCUUUGAAAAUCGUGUUGUUGGUGGUCAUAUUCCAACUCAAUUUAUACCAGCUGUCGAAAAGGGAUUUUAUGAUGCCUUAGAAAAAGGUGGAUUAAUUGGACAUCCAGUAAAAGAUGUUCGAUUCGUUCUUUUAGAUGGCCAACAUCACGCAGUAGAUUCUUCCGAAUACGCUUUUCGUUUAGCAGCACAAUAUGCAUUUCGCGAAGCUUUUUUAAAAGCAAAUCCUGUUAUAUUAGAACCUAUAAUGAAUGUAUCGGUAACAUCGCCAAUAGAAUUUCAAGGAACCGUUAUUGGAAAUUUAAAUAAACGAAAAGGAACUAUUUUAGAUACUGAUGUACAUGAAGAUUAUUUUGUAGUAACUGCUGAAGUUUCUUUAAAUAAUAUGUUUGGUUAUUCUAGCGAUUUAAGGAGUGCUACACAGGGUAAAGGUGAAUUUACUAUGGAAUAUAAAACUCAUCAGAUGGUUUUACCAUACGUACAAGAAGAAUUAAUUGAUGAAUAUAAGAAAAGAAGAGCUGCUGAAAAAAAAUAA